AGAUCUAAAACUUCCACAAAUGCCAGUGAGUGAGAGAAAUAGAGAGACAGAGAUAGAGGCAGAGACAGAGUUCUAGAGAGAGAAAGCUAGGGAAUUAGGUGGAUCUAGAUCUCUUCGGAAGCCAUGGCGAGAGGACAUCUCGCUCUUCACCGGUGGAUCUGUCUGAGUCUAAUGCUUUUCGUCCAUGCUGCUCACUGCUUCUAUCUCCCUGGUGUCGCUCCCCAAGACUUUCAAAAUGGGAAUGACUUGAAGGUGAAAGUGAACAAAUUGACCUCUACUAAAACUCAGCUUCCAUAUUCCUACUAUUCUCUUCCUUAUUGUCUUCCGGAGAAAAUAGUUGACAGUGCCGAGAAUCUUGGGGAAGUUCUUCGGGGUGAUCGCAUUGAAAACUCUCCAUAUGUGUUUCAAAUGAGAGAACCGCAGGUGUGCAAUAUUGUAUGUCGUCAAACUCUUAAUGCAAAAACUGCAAAAGAGUUCAAGGAAAAGAUAGAUGAUGAGUAUCGAGUGAAUAUGAUUUUGGAUAAUCUUCCCCUGGUUGUACCUUUAAGAAGGCCUGAUCAGGAGAAUUCAAUAGUCUAUCAGCAUGGCUUCCGUGUGGGUCUCAGAGGACAAUAUGUAGGGAGCAAGGAAGAAAAGCAUUUUAUCCACAAUCACUUGGCAUUUACUGUAAAGUUUCACAAAGAUCCAGUGACAGAAUUAUCAAGGAUUGUUGGAUUUGAGGUCAAACCAUUUAGUGUCAAGCAUGAAUAUGAUGGUCAAUGGAAUGAGAAAAGCACCCAUUUAAAAACCUGUGAUCCCCAAGCAAAACGUACAGUUAUCAACUCCGAAUCCCCUCAAGAGGUUGAAGAUAAGAAGGAAAUAAUAUUUACAUAUGAUGUUGAGUUUCAGGAGAGUGACGUGAAAUGGGCAUCUCGGUGGGAUACCUAUCUUCUGAUGGCCGAUGAUCAGAUUCACUGGUUCUCAAUUGUUAAUUCUCUGAUGAUUGUUCUUUUCCUCUCGGGCAUGGUGGCUAUGAUCAUGUUGCGGACACUUUACCGUGAUAUCUCAAAGUACAAUCAAUUAGAGACCCAAGAAGAAGCACAAGAAGAGACAGGAUGGAAACUGGUGCACGGGGAUGUUUUCAGGCCUCCUUCAAACUCAGACUUGCUCUGCAUUUAUGUCGGGACAGGAGUCCAGUUUUUUGGGAUGAUUCUUGUGACUAUGAUCUUUGCUGUCCUUGGAUUCCUCUCCCCCUCAAACCGAGGUGGUUUGAUGACAGCCAUGCUCGUACUCUGGGUCUUUAUGGGAAUAUUUGCUGGAUACUCUUCCUCCCGUCUUUAUAAGAUGUUCAAGGGAACAGAAUGGAAGAAAAUCACUCUCAAAACAGCUGUCACGUUUCCUGCAACUGUCUUUACCGUUUUCUUCAUCUUGAAUGCUAUAAUUUGGGGCCAGAAGUCUUCUGGGGCAGUGCCAUUUGGAACCAUGUUUGCGCUGGUUUUCUUGUGGUUUGGCAUCUCAGUUCCCCUUAUUUUUGUGGGUAGUUAUGUGGGUUUUAGGAAGCCCGCAGUUGAGGAUCCUGUGAAAACCAAUAAGAUCCCUAGGCAGAUCCCAGAACAGGCUUGGUACAUGAACCCAGCAUUCUCUAUCCUAAUUGGAGGCAUACUCCCCUUUGGUGCCGUAUUUAUUGAACUCUUUUUCAUCCUCACUUCAAUUUGGCUGCAACAGUUUUAUUACAUAUUUGGUUUCCUCUUCAUUGUCUUUGUCAUCCUUAUUGUCACUUGUGCCGAGAUUACAAUUGUACUAUGCUACUUCCAGCUGUGCAGCGAGGACUACCUUUGGUGGUGGAGGUCGUAUUUGACUUCAGGUUCCUCAGCACUGUACCUUUUCCUCUAUGCUGCCUUCUACUUCUUUACAAAGCUUGAGAUCACAAAGCCAGUGUCUGGGAUCCUGUACUUUGGCUACAUGCUAAUUGUCUCAUAUGCAUUCUUCGUGCUGACUGGUACAAUUGGUUUCUAUGCUUGCUUCUGGUUCACAAGGCUCAUCUACUCAUCAGUGAAGAUUGAUUAAUUGUUUUUCAAGUGAUGAUCGAGUGGCCGUUCGGUACUGGCCUGAGGAAGCACAGAGUUUCACUUGGGAUGUAAAAUCGUGGGGAAUCCUUCUGAACUUACCAGUUGGGUUCAGUUUUGAAUUUUAAAUCACAGAAAUUGUUAUUAUUGGUAGUCUUCCCUAUACAGGUUCUUUGGCAGUUCUAGUUCUCACCCUUCUCCCCAAACCCCACGUCUUUGUUUUUUUUUUUUUUGUUCUCAUUCUUAUUGUUCUGUAUUAGACAUUUGAGGGUGGUGUUAAGCAAUCCCCCGUCCAAAAUGCUUAUUUUCGAAUGAAGAAGGAAUUAUUUUGUGUCAA